AUGGAUACCAACAACACGACCGGCCUGAUCAAUAGGCGCGCUAAAAACGCCGUCACGCCUCGGUCCGUUGUCAAAGACGAAAACAAUAGCGACGUUGUUGCACAGGAUGAGGAAGAUGAUCCGAGCAUUUACAAGCCGCAACCACAAUUGCCGCACCCCAACGUUCACAUGCGAAAUAUGAGGAGUCUGACAAAGGAGCUCGAAGAUGGCACUAUCAAUGUUGAUCCGGAAUACCAGCGAGAAGUUGUUUGGACAGCGGAUCGCAUGACUGGCUUGAUAAACUCGUUGAUGGAAAACUACUACAUCCCUCCGAUUAUUCUGAACAAAAAGACAGAUCAUGUCUCAGGCACUAAACCAACGCGUGCCACCUUUGUAUGUGUUGAUGGAAAGCAGCGUCUGUCUUCCACCCAGAAACUCUUUCUGGAGAAAGACUUUGUUACCUUCCAGUUCUCAGAGUUGACCCAAGAGCAAGAGGAGGACUUGUUUGCCAGAGUUCAGAUGGGUAUCCAGCUCAGUGCUGCGGAGAAAAUACGAGCGAAAUCGGAGCCAUGGCAGGAACUGGCCAAGCUCUUUGUACAGGAUUUCCCAGUCAUCUACGACUUGAUGAAAGACCGGAGCCGCGCGAAGGAUUUCCAAAUCACCAUGGCCUGUUUUAGUCAAAUUGUUGAGGUCAAGAAUUCGCGUGCAACAAACGGAAACGGAAUUCCAGUCUUCAAGGCAGCUUAUAACGCAGUCCCUAAAUUACUAGAUAAUGCAGAAGCAGUCAAUGAUGCUACAAAAUCUCACCUUGCAGCUGUCUGGAAAACCUUUAGCGAGCUUGCAGAACUGGAUCCUCAUACCUUCACUAACGCGGAUAAACAUCUGCGCGGUGUUCAAACUUUUGCUCCUGUGGAGAUGGUUGGCGUGGCUGUCCUGAUUUUCAUGCACUUGGAAAUGGGUCGCGAAGUUCUUUUAAGAGAUAUCAAGAUAUUCCGAGAAAUGCUUCGUGAAUCCUUCUCAGAUCUUCGCCUCAAUCGCCAGGUCUGGAAAUUCAUGUGGGAAAUCAUUGACGGCUUGCAAGGGAUUCACGGUGGUGUUGAAGACGAAAUUACAGAAAAAUCGUCCGCAUCUACAGUGUUGGGUUCGGCGUCGAACAUUCAGUUGUCCAUCUCGGCGAAAGUCUUACUAGACGGUUUCAAAAAGAGGGUUGCGCCUGAGACCCCCACGAAGGCUACAUCAUCGCCACAAAAGACGGCCGUCGAAGCGGAAGCCAAAUCCUCAGAAAUGCCGCCAAUGAAACGACGUCGCAAGGGUUUGGAGCCAACAGAUGCCACAAUCUCGAAGAAUCCUCCAAGUAACAAUGUCAUCUCGCAAACAACGGGAAGUGUUCCACUUUACCCAUCUCGCAUGAUUCAAGCGUGUCCCAAAGACCAUGGCGCUUUUACACCUGAUCAUACAAAGAAAGAGAUGAAGGGCAUCAUUGUACCUGUGUCUCCAGAGCUGCCUGUUACAGCUGGCCUUGCUUUACCAGUGUUAUCACAACGAGUAGCUCCUUCAUCACUGGGCUCAUCUGCUCCCCGGGUACGGCCAAAAUCCAAUACCAAAAGACGCAUGCCUGUCUCUCGCCCGACGAAAGAGCAAAUUGGUCAAGCGAUUGACCUCACUGGCGAUACAUGA